AGUAUAUUAAUCAGUUCUAUACUUCUCUCUUGUGUUGUGUCUUUUAUGUCCUGUUUGUCUCGGUUUUCUAGGAAUCACCUUCACGGUCAUCAGUCAUCUCUACUUGGCCUGGGGGUCUUCUAGAAGGUCAGACCUCCUUGCCACCAUGAAAGGGUUGGGGACCAACCGCAACAGACACCUGUCUGACUCCUGUGAACCUUCCUCAGGCCAUCCAGAGGCCCUCUACUCUCAGAAGACCAGCACCCUCCCACGCAGCCCUUACCUGCUGAGCCCCACAAUGGACCACUAUGGCACCAUGGACCCCCACCUCUAUCCUUCAGCCAACCCAGGCUCCCUUCCACCAGACUGCAUGCUGCCCCUCAACAACCAGCUGUCCAACAGCAGCACCUUCCCCAGGAUUCACUACAACUCCUACGACCAGUCUGACUUCUCCCCACCUGGAGACAGCAUCGGGGGGAUAAGUACAGGGACCAUGGGCACGUCCAUGUCUAUGGGCAUGGGAACGGGUAUGGGCAUGGGCAUGGGCAUGGGCAUGGCAGGGCUAAGUGGACGAACACCUAUGAUUACGAGCGGUUCAGCAACUAUAUCACAUCAUAUGACCAAGAACCAGGCACCGUCCAGUCUGCUGGAGUUCGAUAAGCAGCUACCUGGAGGCCAUGAUGGAUUCAGCACAUUGCAGUUUCAUCGAACGUCUGCUGUUGCUGCCGACAAGCAGCGCACAGACAGUCCUGGUCGUAUCCGUUACAUGCUGCACUCAGUACAGAAGCUCUUUGCAAAGUCCCAGUCACUGGAGAGCCACAACAUGAAAGGAAAUGUCAAUGGACGCUCCACUGGCAGUGGUGGAGGCUCAUCUGGCACUGAAGACGGAGGGAAGCAGAAUCGCAGAGCUAAAAGUAAAGAUCGGGGUACAAAAGCAGAGGCAACAGCCAAGAGACGACCACGCUCCAACAUGUCAGGUUAUUGGAGUUCAGACGAUUUGGACAGCAGUGAUUUGAGCAGCUACCAUAACACCAUGGCCAUGAUGACUCUGGGACGUCCAACUGGCCAUGACAGCCAGGGGGGCCAGACCAGAUACAUCCACAGUGGCUACAACACUAUCAGCUCCUCCAAAAGCAGCAAUGACAUGAAGUAUCAGACACAUACUGGGCCUGGGGGUGGAGGAGGUGAUAGACUAGGUGGAGCAGGAAGAAUGGUAAUAAAUGAUAAUGACUAUAUGAAAGGAGGGUCCUGGUCCACAAUGACCAUGGGCCAGCCGAGACAGGUGAUCCAGAAGGGCUCAGCUACCCUGGACAGGUCCCUGCUCAAGUCCAAAUCCUGCCAACCUGAACUAACCUGCAACUACCUACAGGUUGGACGAAGGGGUGAUUGGAGUAGCACAUUGGGCCGCAGCGGGGGUGCCAAUGAAAUCCCAUGUCGGCGGAUGCGAAGUGGUAGCUAUGUGAAGGCCAUGGGCGACAUGGAGGACAGCGACGACUCAGAGGGAAGCCCCAAACCCUCGCCAAAAACCACCGCUCGCCGCCAGAGCUACCUCAGGGCUACGCAGCAGUCUCUGAGCGACCAGCUACCCCAACGCAACUGUCUUCCGUCUCUCAGAGAGCUCUCCAAUAAUCGCAGCCUGGACAACCUGGACUGUAUUGGGGGUACAAUCUCGUCUUUGCCACGCUGGGAUGAUGAUGACUUCAGCCAGGCCUGCAGCACCUUGGGCAGACGUAGCUGCUUGGGACAGGUCAGUGCUUGUCUGGAAAGGAAAGAUAGGGAUUGCAUUUAAUGUGAGCUCAAUCUACGGGACCUGGAAAUGAGUCAUCAUUAUGAGGACCGCAGCUCCGAGUCCACAUUCAGAGAUUCCCGUUCCCACUCUCAGGACAACCCAGAGCCUCUAGACUUGCCCAUGCCAACAUGCUUCCGAUCCCGCAGCCACAGCUACCUGAGAGCCAUCCAGGCUGGCUGUUCCCAAGAUGAUGACACAGCAUCCAUAGACUCAGGCUGCUCACCGCCUCCAAUCGACACCACUGUUCGCACCUACAGCACCAACACUGUUUCUUCAUGCAUAACCACCUGUAAGAAGGCUGCUCCUCCGCCAGUGCCGCCCCGUACAACCUCCAAGCCCUACAUCUCUGUGACAGUACAGAGCAGCACAGAGUCUGCCCAAGACAACUACCUAGACCAGCAGGACCGGAGGUCAGAGGUCAACAGCCAGUCAAGCCACGCUCACAGCAACUCCUCCGACAGCCUUGACAGCACCCGUGCCAACAGCCUGGCACGUGGUAUUCCCCGCCCUCCACACAUCAUCCCCACUCCCAUCGCCAUCCCCAGAGAGCCAAUCGCGCCCACCACCACUAAUGCUUCCACUGAGACAAGUGACUCAGUAGUCCAGCAUGAAUCACUGAAAUCAGGAUUAAACAAAGGAAAUCUAGUGGCAGAGGAGCCCCUAGUGGCGCCAGUACCCAGGCGGAAACUCUCCUCCAUUGGCAUACAGGUCGACUGUAUUCAGGAAGUUCCACGAGAGGAGACCCCGCCAUUGGCCAAAUUUCAGUCAAUCGGAGUACAGGUGGAGGACGGGUGGCAGCUCAGUCGCUCCAGUAGCAUGGCCUCAAAACAAGAAACCGACUCAGACACACAAGACAUCCCCGUCACCUCCCAUAUCAAUAAUGCCAAACACUUUGAGAAGAAAGUCAUGGUCAAUAGUGCCAGCCAAUCCAUGAGCUCCCCUCCUGGACAAGAAUAUUUAGACAACGGAGACACUACUGGUGUCAACUCUUCACCUCCACCGACCAGGCAGAUCCUCAACCGCUCCACCACACGAAGUAGCUCUUCCUCCUUCUCAGAAAGUCUGGACCCAGCGCUGGACCCCUCGUCCCUACCGCCUCCAGACCCUUGGCUGGAGAGUGGCAAUGGGAGUAACAGCAAUUGUCCCCAAAGCGGAGGAGCGGGAACACUGUGCCGGAGAGACGGCCACUGGUUCCUAAAGCUGCUGCAGGCCGAGACGGGACGCAUGGAAGGCUGGUGCCAGCAGAUGGAGCAGGAGACCAAAGACAACCAGCUCUCAGAGGAGGUGCUGGGGAAGGUUCGCAGUGCAGUAGGAUGUGCCCAGCUCCUUAUGUCCCAGAAGUUCCAACAGUUUCGGGGACUGUGUGAACAAAACUUGAAUGUGAAUGCCAACCCACGGGCCACCGCCCAGGACCUGGCAGGUUUCUGGGACCUGCUGCAGCUCUCCAUUGAGGACAUCAGCCUCAAGUUCGAUGAGCUCUACCAUCUCAAGUCCAAUGACUGGCAGCCAAUGCCGUCUGCGGCUGCCCAGUCGCCCCCUGAGCGGAAGGACGGGGAGAAGGAGGCCGCUCCAGCGUCAAAGAAGCCCGGUAAGGGACGACCGUCGCUGGGCCGUGAGAAGAGCGCAGACUCCUCAUCCACCUCUUCUUCGGCCUCAGCAGAGAAGCAGAGACACGAGGCACGCAAGCGUCUACUGGCUGCUAAAAAGGCUGCCUCGUUUCGCCAGAACUCCGCCACAGAGAGCGCGGACAGCAUCGAAAUCUAUGUCCCAGAGGCCCAGACUCGCCUCUGAGAGAGACACUGAGAGAGAAGGAAAUAGGAUCGGAUCAAAGGACAGAUAGGUGUCACUUAAA